GCUCCCCCCCGAAUCGGCAGCGCCAUUCCGAGGACGCUAUAAAAUGCCUUGAUUCCUUCACUUAAGGGCCAGUAGACAUCUAACGCCAAUUGUCGGCUUUGGAGGAUCUUUCUCUCUCCCUCUCACUUAAACACCAUUUUUUCUCCCCGUCUAUUGUUGUAACUCACUUCUGUUUAGCGUGAAAUUUCGUCCAAAGGAUCCAGGACUUCCAAGAUAUUCAGCCGUCAGUGACACUCGGUGAUUCCAACGCCAGCAACACAGAAUCAAUUUCGAUUUCAACUUUUUUUCAAUUUCAAGUCAAUAAUACGCCCAAUAGCAUAAAAUGGACAGCACGGAAUUCCGUCAACGCGGCCGAGAGAUGGUCGAUUACAUCGCCGAGUAUAUGGAAUCGGUGGGAGAAAGGCGCGUGACUCCCGACGUCGAGCCAGGUUACCUGCGCGACCUGAUCCCGAAGAAAGCUCCCAACGACGGCGAAGGCUGGGCCGAUAUCAUGUCGGACGUGGAAACCAAGAUUAUGCCCGGUGUGACCCACUGGCAGCACCCGCGGUUUCACGCUUACUUCCCCUCGGGCAACUCGUUCCCGUCCAUUCUAGGCGACAUGCUUUCUGACGGCAUUGGAGCAAUUGGUUUCUCCUGGGCUGCCAGCCCAGCCUGCACGGAACUGGAGACGAUCGUCUUGGAUUGGCUCGGCCAAAUGAUUAGUCUUCCGGCUGAUUUCUUAUCUUUCACCGAGAACAGCAAAGGUGGUGGCGUAAUGCAGUCAUCGGCUAGCGAGUGCGUGUUGGUCUGCCUGUUGGCCGCCCGUGCUCAGAAGAUCAAGGAACUGAAAGCCCUGCACCCUUUUGUUGAGGAGGGCGUCCUUCUCUCCAAGUUGAUCGCCUACUGUUCCAAGGAGGCUCAUUCCUGCGUAGAGAAAGCAGCCAUGAUUGCUUUCACAAAGCUGCGCAUCCUCGACCCUGAUGCAGACUUGAGCCUUCGCGGGGCUACUCUGGCUCAGGCCAUGGAAGAGGAUAGAGCUAUGGGAUUGGUGCCCUUCUUUGUGUCGGCCACUUUGGGAACUACUUCGUGCGUUUCCUUUGAUAACUUGGCUGAAAUCGGCCCUAUUGCUAAAGAAGCCGGAACUUGGCUGCACGUUGACGCCGCAUACGCCGGCAAUGCAAUGAUCUGCCCGGAAUUUCAAUAUCUGAUGAAGGGUAUUGAGCACGCCAUGUCGUUCAACUGUAAUCCCAACAAGUGGUUGCUCACCAACUUUGACUGCUCGACCAUGUGGGUUCGAGAUCGCUUUAAGUUGACCCAAGCCAUGGUCGUCGAUCCGCUUUACUUGCAACAUAGUCACUCCGACAAAGCUAUUGAUUACAGACACUGGGGCAUCCCGUUGAGCCGUCGCUUCCGCGCUCUCAAACUUUGGUUUGUCAUCCGCAACUUUGGUGUGGCCGGUUUGCAAAAUUACAUCCGUGAGCACUGCCGCUUGGCCAAGUGUUUCGAAGCUCUGGUUAAAGAGGAUGACCGUUUCGAAGUCAGCAACAUUGUCCGGAUGGGACUGGUGUGCUUCCGCCUCAAGGGUAACAAUAACAACGACCUGAACAAAAAGUUGCUGUCGAACAUCAACGCUUCCGGCAAACUUCACAUGGUGCCAGCUUCCGUUCACGGCAAAUUUGUCAUUCGCUUCUGCGUUUGCGCUCAGGAUGCCAAGGAUUCUGACAUUGAAUACGCGUGGGAUGUCAUCACCGACUUUGCCACUGAGCUCCUGGAGGCCGAGAUCGUCAAGGAGAAAUCCGGACUUCCACUGGAUGUCUUGGAACACAGCAACGAGGAGGUUGGUCAAGUCGCGCACAAAGUGGAAAUUUCGGAGCUGAUGGACUUGAUGGAACGCGUCCACUUGCCAAUCCAAAAGCAAAACAGCAUGGCCAGCAUUGGAAGGCAAGGCAGUUUGGGCAAUAUUGGAAGGCAGCACAGCCUUGCCUCUAUCGGAAGGCAGCAGAGCCUUGCCGCUAUCGGAGAAGUUGGAACCAACAACCUUCCGGAAUCCGGCGAUCAAGAGACGGCUAACAAGCCCAAGCAGAGACCGAGCCUUGCCAAGAGACUGAGCAAGCGUCAGUUCAGUUUCACCGACACGAUCGAAUUCGUCGGCAUGGUCAACACCGCUCAAGACGAGAGCAUGAACCCAAUUUCAGGAAAUCCAAGAUUGGCCGCAGCUGCUAGAAGAAGGGAAUUGCGCAGAAGUGAAGGAAACGACUUGGAGUACAAGCGUUCCUUCUUCGUCCGCAUGGUUAGCGAUCCCAAAAUUUACAAUCCGAAAAUCGUGGCGAAGUCCUCCAACUUCUCUGAAGCUGAUGACGAGUUAACAAGUGAAGAAACCAUAGAUAAAAAAGAUGCGCCGUCUUCGUGGAUUAGCUGGCCAUUAGGUCUACUUUUGCAGGGAGUCUUUGAUGAUCCGUCGACCGCUAGACUUCGUUUUCGCAACUGGGAUACUAAACUGACUCUGAAACCACCCGGAUCGAACCACCGUCGACAGAGAUCCAAGUCUCCGCAUCACGACAUCGACUCUACGGGCUCUAGUCGCUCUCAAUCCCCCGAAAAAUACUAACAAUAGAAAAAAGGAAAGAAAUUCUUCUACACUUGUUGUUUAAACGUCGUAAAUUUCCGUGUUCUAUUCCCAAAUGACAAAUACAGCAAAUCAUAGAAAAUAGUAUAAGAAUAUUAGAUAA